CCCAAUGCAUUAUGGCACAUGGAUGGUCACCACAAAUUGAUUCAGUGGGGGAUCAUUAUCCAUGGAUUCAUCAAUGGGUUUUGCCACAUGGUACAUUUUGUUGGAGUUUAUCACUUUUACCUUAGUUGUGGUUCACCGAGCACAGCAUUAUGUAAUCCAAAAGCGGACACUUAG